AUGUCCUCUGGUGCUCCACCAGUGCCUCCUGCUCCGGGCAGCCCCCUGUCAGACAGCGAGUAUAAGGUCUUCUUUGCCAGCCUGUGGCCCUCGUGGAAGGCAGACACAUCUUGCCAGCUGCGCCAGGCACAUGGCUGCCUCAGCCCCGCCAUCCUGAAGAUGGAUGAGGAGGAGAACCAUGGACAUGUACCCAAAGGGCCAGUCUGCUCUGAGUUCCUGCAGGCGCCAUGGUUUCAGUCCUUCUGCCAGUUCGCCCAGUACCGCUGCUUCAGACGCCAGUUCUACACCAAGCGAAUCCCGUGUCGAAGUUUGUCUUCUUCAAAUAACCACCUCCUUUCAACAGAGCAACCCCUUGCCGUGAGCUCCUUGCCAAUGGAAGAAAACUUCCCUGCGGGACAAGCUCCAGUGCAGGCUUCUCUCUCACCUACUAAUGCCCUGCUGAGUGCCAACGUGGACACUCUCCUGAAAUACGCCCGUGCGCUGACGGGCCAGAAACCACAGAAGAAGAAGAUCCGUCUGGCCACGCCAGAGUGGUGGAGAUCCCUGCAGGACAGGGGGCUGCCUGUAAUCCCACGGAACCUGCCAGUCCCAGAUGACCCUGCCUCCUCACCUCCCAAGCUGAGAUACCCUGCCAAGGCAGAGCAAGUUUGGGAGCAGGGCCUGCAGACCAGCAUCUGGCAGCUGAUCUACUUGGCCCUCUCCUUGGAGACGUCCCUGGGCAUGAAGGGCUCUUCUCUGGACUCCAGCAUCACGUCAUACCCAAGGAGCACAUCAGGCAGUGCCAAGGAGGAGGUGCACGAAAUGGACCCCCAGGGCAGCCUUUUAGCCCUGAAGAACGACGAGGCAGUGAUGAUCCUGUGCCAUGUAAUGCUGGAGGGAAACUGUCUCGCAACGGUGGUCACCCAGGCCUGGAAGGAGAUGGAAGAAAAAGUCCUUGGGUUCGGAAAUUCGGUGUGUGACAGCCUUGGGCGGCGUCACAUGGACCUGUGCCCUGACUGCGCUUUCUGCUCACUGAAGAUGGAGCAGUGUCAGAACAAAAUCCUGCACCGUGUUGACUGCAAGACAGGCAGCUUCAUCACCUACAUCAACCCUCAGAUCUCAGCCCAGCACCAGGCUGCAGGCAACAAGAUCAGCUCCCCAGAGACCCCACAGUACUAUGACAUGGAGAUUUUCAGAGGGCAGAAGGCAGAGUACUGGUGCAGCCGGCUGGCCACCCAUGGCUGUGAGGACUCUUAUGUGAACCUCUGGCUGAAGGCAGAGCACACUGCCUUCCAAGACAGAGAUGGUCUGAACGAGAUCUGCGACUCAGACGGAGUUCAGUACCCCAACUACUGCGUGUUCAAGAUCCACCAGUGUCUCCAGCAAAGCGUCCACAACCAGAAGGUGUCUCGCCAUGGCUGCCUCAGAAAUGAGACGUACCAGGUGGUGAGUGAGAAGGAGGGAGAGGAGAAGGUGCAGCUGUUGUAA